AUGUCGCUCCCGACGUACACCGCGGCCGAGGUCGCGACGCACGCCACGGCGGAUUCGCUGUGGAUGGUGAUCGAUGACGGCGUGUACGACUUGACGAAAUUCGCGUCGUUUCAUCCGGGUGGGGCGUCGUUCAUCGUCGCGGGUGCGGGUGGGGACGCCACGGAGGCGUUUUACGCGUUGCACCGGAGCGAGAUUUUGGAAAAGACGGCGAAGAAGUAUAAGAUUGGAACAUUGGUGGGCGGGACGCGUCGGGAAAUUCGCGCGGGCGCGUUGAGCGCGGUGCCGUACGCCGAGCCGGCUUUUUUCCAGGGAGCGCCGUCGCCGUAUUACGAUGAGUCGCAUAAGAAGUUUCGAGCCGCGGUGAGGGCGUUUUAUGACGAACACGUGCGACCGGACAUGGUGCAGAACGAUGUGGCGGGGAAGCCGCCUUCGAAGGAAUUGUACGAAAAGUUGGGCGCCGCCGGAAUGUUCGCGACGCGGUUACAACCGGGGCCGUGGAUGAAGGAUUGCGUCGAUAACUGUGGGAUGACCCUACCUGGUGGGCUCACGCCGGAGCAGUUCGACACGUUUCACGAGAUGAUCGCGCACGAAGAGUUGGGGAGGUUGGGCGUGCCGGGGUACUGCGACGGCAUCGGCGCGGGUUUCGUCAUCGGCGUCCCUCCGGUGCUCAUGUUCGCCAGACCCGAGUUGCGACAACGCGUCGGUCGUGAGUGUAUCAUGGGCAAGAAACGAAUAUGUCUCGCCAUCAGCGACCCGUUCGCCGGGAGUGAUGUCGCGGCGAUCCAGUGCACGGCGACGAAGACGCCCGACGGGAAGCACUACAUCGUCAAUGGCGUGAAAAAGUGGAUCACAAACGGUACGUUCUGCGAUUACUUUACCACCGCCGUGCGAACGGGCGGGAAUGGUUUUAACGCCCUGUCGCUGCUCUUGAUCGAGCGCGGUGAGGGCGUGGAGACGAAUCCGAUCAAGACGGCGUACAGCCCGGCGGCGGGAACGUCGUACAUCAUCUUUGAAAACGUCAAGGUUCCGGUGGAGAACCUGCUCGGCCGCGAGGGCGACGGUUUCAAGCUCAUCAUGCACAACUUUAACCACGAGCGAUGGAUGAUCGUCGCCGGGACGAACGGGGCGAUGCGAAACGUCCUCAAGGAGUGCUACACGUUCGCGCAUCAACGGAAGACGUUUGGCAAACGGCUCAUCGAUCAGCCGGUUAUCCGCAAUAAACUCGCUCGCAUGACGUCUCAGCUCGAGGCGGUGGAGUGCUGGACAGAGUCGAUCACGUAUCAGAUGGGAAAGCUCACGCACGCGCAACAAGCGGUCGCGCUCGCCGGUCCGAUCGCGCUGCUAAAGUUUCUCUGCACGCGCGUCGCCAACUUUUUCGCCGACGAGGGCGCGCAAAUUUUCGGCGGUCGUGGCAUCACACGCACCGGAAUGGGUCGUGUCAUUGAAGGAUUUAAUCGCGCCGCGAAGUUUUCCGCAAUUUUAGGCGGCUCCGAGGAGGUCAUGGCCGAUCUCGGCGUGAAGCAAGCCGACCGCUCGUUCCCGGCGGACGCCAGGCUCUGA